ACUCACAAUGGGCUCCCCCGCCAUCGAUGUUGACGUUUGCCCUCAUGCCCGGACAAAGGAGGAGAACCAGGAACGUGCCUUCAUAGCCGCCUCCCGCCGCAAGGACCGCAGCUUAGAUGCUCGCGUGGAAUCGGCCGACCGGGCCUCCAGGCUGCACAAGCAGCGGACUGGCAAGGCUCUCCUAAUCAGCCGGGACAUCGUUGAACAGGAGGCCAUGUACGAAGAGGUCGAUGGCCGCUACCAGGAGAAACUGCAGAUCGAGUUCUACCACAACCUCAUAACCACUUUUGCGGAGGACCGCCCGAGUGCCCUGCACCAGCGUCGGGCUAGCCGUUCCCGCCUCAACCCCCCGGUCUCUCUCAACGGCAUCCGCAAGAUUAGUCUGGACCUGUCUGGGCUGCGUGACUCCGUCUCCGAGGGGAUGCGCACCGAACUGGUGACCAAUCCAUUAGGCCCCCACCAGAGUACCUAUGGGGCCCCUCCACCCACAUACAGCGGGAAUGUCAAGUCGCCAUCGUAUCGCAGCGUCGUCCUCGCGCCGUCGGGCCAACUGUCAUCACACUUCACCCAGGCCGUGGGCGGACUAAGGUGGCCGGCGCAGGUUCCAGCCGCCACAAUGGGUGAGAUGAACACCAUGUUAGUCCGCCAGUUUUGGGACCGCAUGAGCUCAGCACCGGUCAUCCCCGCUCACACAAUGCCUUUCCAUAUGCUUGAAACUCACACAGUAUUGAGCAGUGGUGCUACAGUGCCUCCAACGACAAUAAUGUCUCUGUCCUCGGCAAAUCGACAGGUCCACCCGAUGUACCAGCAAACUUGUGCUCGCUCUGAUUCCGACCGAGCAUUGCAGACAUUGAGCCUGGCCAACCCGCCUCAGAACAACUCUUCGCCAGGAAUGUCGAUGGAGUCCACAGAGCCUGUGAUGACGCCGGAUUUAUGCUCGACGUCCAGCACACCACAGUCCCCCACAUCGACGGGCCAGAGCCCGGGUCUCUGUGGCCUAGACCUGAACAAGGACGAGAGCAUGGGGCAGAGGCAGGAGCACCACAUGGAUUCUGAUUAUGAAGGAUUCAGCCGGUUUGAGUUUGGACUCAGUAGCGGCAGCAAACUGCCAGAAUUCGAAACAGUGUUUGAUGGGCUUUUUCCUAUGGAAGAUAUUCCUAUCCUUCAUAAUAUAUUAUAA